CGUGUGAGACGUAUACCGUCACCAUUGCGAUUGAAGUAGGCAAAAGGACCUGUGCACAUUCGAAACGCUCAUCAGUCACACAAAACCGAUUCGACACUACCCCUAAAAUAUUUCAUAGUACACUAAAAAUUAAAAGGAUGGCUGUUGGUUGUAAACUGUGGUUAUUAGCCGUGAUGUGCGUAGCAUUUUUAUACCAAGAUGGCCCCCAAGGCAACGGUGUGUUAUGCGGAAGAAAACCCGCCCCCGAAUCGUACGAAGAUCACUCGUCCGGAGCUGUAUCGUCCGAUGACGGAAAUGACGGACAUGAUGACUACAGCGAACAGAACGAAUCAUGUAAUGCUAGUGAUGGGGAUCAUACAGAAAACAACCACAAUGGUUCCGGUGAUGAAGAUGAUUAUGAUGGUGGCGAUGCUGAUAAGGAAUCGAAUUCUGAUGAAGAAGAGGAUCACGGAAACAAUACAAAGAAACAUGCAACUAAUAAAAACUCGGUCAGUUGUAAGAACCAAAACCGUCAUCAUGAUGAAGAUGAAGAUGAAGAUGGCGAAGACAAUAAAGGCGAUGCAGAUGAAAAAGCUGAUGAAGACGGAGAAGAUGACGAGGAACACAUAGAUCACUACAAGAAAAGCACGAGAAAUAACACAAAUGAAAUGAAAAUAUUUACGACGACCAUCAUUACGGGAAAACCAAAGGAUAUCCUAAAAUUUUUAAAUGAAGGUGUAAAACCCUAUAAACCAGCUACUUUGGAUUUCAGUAAAAAAUCAAAUUCUAGUCUUAUAAAAAAAAUUGAUACCAUUUUAAAUAGAAGUAGUUUAUUAAGCAAAAACAAAAAAGAAACAUCAGAAGAGGAUUUGACGCAUUACAUGAGACACAUUGUUGAGGAGGGUACGAAAAAAAAAGUUCAAAACAAGUAGAUGCAGAUAAGUUAUUAAUAACCCUUGUGAAGGGUGUAUUGUUACAGUUAUUGAAAGCAGUAUAGUUUGAAGCUCGCGAAAAGUCCAUAAGUAUGUACUUUACCAUAUUUAUGUGUCAGAAAUCACAUUUGUGUGUACGACUGCAGUUGUAAUCAACAAUAAUAAUAUUUGUGAAAAAUGUUUAAAUAUAUCGUUAAGAAAAAAUUCCUUUUCUUAACGUUCUAAAUAAUUGUAUUUACAGUAUUUACGAAUUUAUAGAGUAUACCCAUACUCAUAUAUUAUACUCGUAUUGAUAUUAAAAUAUUUUUUAUUGCAUUAAA